CCCCUCCGCUCGGGAAGGAUGGUGAAGCUGGGCGGCCCUUUCGGCGAGAAGAGCGGCAAGCAGCCCCCGGCGGAGGAUGGCUUCGACACCAUCCCCCUGAUCACGCCCCUGGACGUCGGCCAGCUGCAGUUCCCCCCGCCGGAGAAGGUGGUGGUCAAGACAAAAACAGAAUAUGAACCUGAUCGAAAGAAAGGGAAAUUUCGUUCUCCUAAAAUUGCAGAAUUCACAGUCAGUAUCACUCAAGGCAUCUCAGAACGUUUUAAGGUGACUGUUCUGAUCCUGUUUGCCCUUGCAUUCCUUACAUGCAUUGGAUUUCUGGUUGUCUACAAGGUCUAUAAGUAUGACCAAGCCUGUCCAGAAGGUUUCAUCUUCAAGAAGAAUCAGUGCAUUCCGGCUGGAUUAGAGAACUACUAUUCUGAACAAGACUCUAGUGAUCGAGGAAAGUUUUAUACGGUGAUCAACCACUACAACCUGGCCAAGCAAACCAUCACACGGUCAGUUUCUCCAUGGAUGACGGUGCUUUCAGAAGAGAAACUUUCUGAGCAGGAGACUGAAGCGGCUGAGAAAUCUGGUUAGGAUGAUGAGUCUGGGAAAGGGUCUCCGGGUGGUUUUCAUGGAAUGUCUCAUUGUUAGGAUAACUUAGAGGUUGCUCAUAAUUUAUGGUAUAAUUGCUUUGGUUGCUGAUAACUGUAAAAUGGAGCAAUGAAAACGAACGUUGGCCAUUAAUGGUCAAGUGCUGCAUAUCAGCAUUGCUUUAGAGCUUUAACACCAACUUCUCUUGUGGUGGUGUUGAACAUAGGCACUCUCUUGUAAUUUAGAAAUCUGACAGAGCCUUUCAGGCGGGGCUUGUUGACAUGGGAUCAUGUGCAUCUCACUGUGUGUCCUGGUGUUUUGUUUCCUUUUAAACCAGCUUUGCAAUCUGAACAGUCAUGGUUAUGUAAUUGAUACCGGCUUGCAAUGCCAAAAUGAAUACCAAGAAAUAAAACUGGCCUGAUCUUGCUCACUAUAUCCAUUACUUUCAGGGUUAAUUGUUUCUGUUGCAUCAUGAAAUUCACUGUUGCCACUACAUUAAAGACUCCUGUGCAAACAAAAUACAAAUUAGACAUUCAAGAGCUAUACAGUUUUAAUGAUAGAUUAGGCAUUUUAAGUAAAGGAUAAGAGUAUAAAGAACAAAUAUUCUGAGGGGUAGUGGAGACUUAAGGGAAUAAACAAGACAGAAACUCUUUAAAUUAGAUGUAGUCCACAAUGUAAUCUGUGCAACUGGAAAGGAUGUAUUUUAUUAGAAUUGUGUUUUUUGUAAACUUUAAUGUAAAGUGCCCUUUGUCAGCACCAUCCUGGCAUUUUUCAAUAUUUAACUCUAGGGCUGCUGUGCUGGAAAACUGGUUCCGCUGAGCUCAGUGGAAUUUUCAUCUCAACCAGCUGAGGAAUAAAGUGCAUCAAAUGACAGCAAUACCCAGACUAUUCUGAUGUUGAAAAGGCACGUGGGGGUGGGUGGGGAGGGUAAGACGGCUAUCUUGAGGUAAGCUGAGCACUCACAAUGGCAGGUACACAAACUUGUUAUUUUGACUGAUUCCUAAAUUAUGAGAUUUAUGAUGUUAAAAUCCUCCCCCAAAUUCACUAUUGAUUCAUUCCCAGAAAGGUUGGGAAAGCUUCUUGAACCCCUGCAGCAUAAGCAGUCAAUGGUUGCGGCCCAUUUGGACUCAAACAAGGGAAUGGCAUCAACGUGACCUGCUCCUCUACUGCUAAGCUCUGUAACAAUAGGACAGCGGUGCUUUUUACUUUUAUGUUGCUUCAUAGGAUAUUAGAUGGGUGGAAAAACACUGGACUAAAAACACUAGGAAGACACUCCAUCAAACUCUGGCCUUGACUUGUCCACUGUUCCCAAUUACAGGCUUUAGCUCAUAAUUGCUGUCAUUUUUGUUCUUCUGAAUGUGUUAUUUCCCUGUGGAAUGUCAGAAGUUUCAUUACUUUUACCGAGACACUUUAAAAUCAUCAACAUAUCUCUUUUUUCUGCACCAGUAGUAAAACAAACAUGGUUCUAGGCUAUAUUUCCUUCCAGAACUUUUUUGCAUCAGUCUACUUAGAAAAUGCCAUUUAUGGUUUCACUGGAAAUUUUAAUACUGAAUAUAGUUAUGUAUUGUACAAUUUUUUUGGUAUGUAAUCACUGCUGUGUGGAAUGCAUAAAAAGCAAUAAAUUAUGUGCCAAAUUUUUCUUUUGCAUCAAGGAGUUCUCUCCUGUAGACAUUAUACUAUGUUUGUAUUUCCUAGUAGUCAGUACUUCACUGAAUGUAAAUUCACAUGUAACUUUUGACGUUUUCACUCUGUGUAAAAUAAAAUAGUACGCUCAGUUCUCAAACUCAGUAUGUUUAAAUAGCUGUUUUCUGCAAUGAAGAGGAAAAGAAAUGAAGGAUUCCAAUCAUUCUACUUGCAAUAAAACCCUCUUCUAAAUCA